CUGCUGGCAAGAAAGAUCCAGAAAUUUCUACAAAAAUAAGUUAUUUUCAUAAGAAUUUCUCGAAAAGUGUUCAAUUCAUUAAUAUCAGAGCUAAGUGACUGAUUAAAUUAAAAGUUCUUUAACAUAUAUCAUAAAUUGGUGCAAAAAACAUUAGAUAUGUCGGACAUUAAUCAGCUCAAAGAGAAAGGCAAUGCAGCUUUAACAGCUGGAAGGAAUGAUGAAGCGAUUGAAGCUUAUAGCGAAGCUAUUCAAUUAGAUGGAUCUAAUCACGUUUUAUAUUCAAAUCGCUCAGCUGCUUAUCUAAAAGCCGGAAAACUUGAAUUAUCCUUAAAGGAUGCUGAAAAGACCAUAGAACUAAAUGCCUCAUGGCCCAAAGGCUAUUCACGUAAAGGAGCUGUAUUGUUCGCUAUGCAAAAGUAUGAUGAGUCAUUUACAGCAUAUAACAAAGGUCUGGAACAUGAACCAACGAAUCAAGCGCUGUUACAAGGUCAACAGCAAGUGAAGGAAGCCUUAAUUAAUUUACUACUUAGCCAACAAAAUAUGGAUAUUGAUCCACCAGAAUCACCAAAACAAAAACCAAAGGAACCAAGUCCACCGCCUGCAAAGAAACAGCAGCCCGCUGAAGAUGAGAAUCUUCCAGAAAAUAAGAAACUUGCUAAGAGUGAAAAGGAAGAAGGUAAUGCUGCAUAUAAGAAGAAAGAUUUCGAUACAGCUUUAAUUCAUUACAAUAAGGCAAUUGAACAUGAUCCAACGGACAUAACAUUCUACAGUAACAUUGCUGCUGUCUAUUUUGAACAAAAAGAAUAUCGUAAAUGUAUUGUCGAGUGCGAAAAGGGAAUUGAUAUUGGACGUGAGAAUCGUGCUGAUUAUAAAUUAAUUGCAAAGGCUUUUACGCGUAUUGGAAACAGUUAUAGGAAAUUAGGGGAAUUUAAGAGCGCCAAGACAUACUUUGAAAAGUCAUUGUCCGAACAUCGAACACCAGAAGUUAAAACUUUAUUAUCGGACGUUGAGGCACUGAUUAGAGAAGAGGAACGUAAAGCUUUUAUAGAUCCAUCAAAGGCUGAAGAAGAAAAGGAAAAGGGUAACGAAUUAUUCAAGAAAGGAGACUUUUCUAAUGCCAUCAAACAUUACACUGAAGCCAUUAAUCGUAAUCCAGACGAUCCUAAAUUGUACUCAAACCGUGCUGCAUGCUAUACCAAAUUAGCUGCAUUUGAUUUAGGCUUGAAGGAUUGUGAUAUGUGCACGAAAUUGGACGAAAAGUUCAUUAAAGGAUGGAUUAGAAAGGGAAAAAUCUUGCAGGGAAUGCAACAGCCAUCAAAAGCAUUAGCUACCUACCAGAAAGCUCUCGAAAUUGAUCCAACAAACAGUGAAGCUCUCGACGGAUAUCGUACAUGCACAAUGGCUGUUCAUUCUAAUCCCGAAGAGGUCAGAAAGAAGGCAAUGAAUGAUCCAGAAGUUCAAUCAAUCUUAAAAGAUCCAGCAAUGCGCCUCAUUUUAGAACAAAUGCAGUCUGAUCCUAAAGCUGUACAAGAACACUUGAGAAAUCCAGAAGUUGCCAGCAAGAUCCAGAAACUCUUGGAAUCAGGCAUCAUUCAAAUACAUUAAAAAUAUAUUUUUACAACAUAUUACGCUUAAGGAACAAGCAAGAAGGGUCAAUAAUGUACAUUAUAAUUUUCUGCUUGCAAUUUAAAUACUUUUUUUUCUUGGAAACUUAUCUUCUAACGCCACGCGAAUUAAUUAAUCUUUUAAAAAAAGAGAAAUACAACAACAACAACAACAUUAUUCAUUCUUAUUAAAUUGUACUGUUGCACUAUCCUUAUUAUUCAUUAAUUUGAUAUAAAAAUAUGAAAAUUUUAAAAAUCUACCAAAAUUCAUCUUUCAGAUUGUAAUGCUUAUAAUUUCAAGAGGUUGUUUUUAGGUAUGGCGUUCAUCAAGCGUCGAUUUUACCGAUAAAAAAUCAAGAUCAUAACGGCUGAAAACUAUUUGAAAACUUAACAGUCAGCAAAUAUUUGAAUGUAAAUCGGUUGAAGAUUAACCAAUUCAAAAUUCA